AUGCAAAGUCAAGAGAAGAUAACACCUGUGAAGCCUGUAGCCUCCAGGCCUUUCUCCAGUUUCACUUCCUUCUCGAAGCUCUUGAAAGACUUCACUGCGACUGGUUCUGCGAAGAUCACCUCUCCAGGAGAGACUGUUAUAGUUAGGCGGCCGAAGGUAACACGUUUCGCACCGCCACCAAGUGAUCUAUCUGCAGGAGUUGCUGCAAGCAUGUUACAGGAUGCUGGUUUAGAUACCACACGUGAGAAAAUGGUCAUCGAUCCAGAACAAGUAGUCUCCUGUGACCAGAUGACGACAUUCCACGAUAUCAACAAACCAAUUCACAGUGUGAAAACCCGUCUGUCCUAUGAUGGCUACAAUUGGAGGAAGUAUGGGCAGAAGCAAGUGAAAGGGAGCGAGUUCCCGCGGAGCUACUACAAGUGCACUCACCCAACCUGCCCUGUCAAGAGGAAAGUGGAGACAACAGUAGAUGGCCAAAUUGCGGAAAUUGUGUACAACGGUGAACACAACCAUCCCCAGCCCCAUCCACCAAAAAAGCCAGCGUCAUCGGCAAGUACAGAAGUUGUGGUCCCUGACGCCCAUGGCAGCAAUGAUGCUGGAGCAGAAAGCCAGCUAGGAGGGUGCAACCUCGCUCUUGUUUCAGAUCCUGUUGCCGCCGCAUUCAAAAGCAGCUGUUAUUACGUCGAUGAAUUUGGAAACACUAGUCCGGUCUAUCACUGGAACACAAGCCGAAAGGAGAAGCAAUCAAGCAUCGCAAAUGGCCUGACUUCUGGUGAGGCUGCCCCUGCAUUCCAGUCUCCAACAGAAUGCGGGUCGUCUGGGGAUGCAGCAUUCCGUUGGCGCAAGUAUGGUCAGAAGGCUGUUAAUGGUAAUUCAUUUCCAAGGAGCUACUACAGAUGCAGCACAGCAAGAUGCAACGCACGCAAGUUUGUGGAGCGUUCAUCGGACAAUUCGCUGGUAACCACAUAUGAGGGAAAGCACAACCAUGUGCAACUUCAAUGA